AUGCAUGAUGGUGGUCAUUUCUCCUCGUUCCAGUCUAGGUUGCGAAGAACAAAAGCACGUCAGUUCAUCAGUUUAUGUUUUCUCACUUACAUUUAUGCAUUAAUGCAUGAGACAAGGUAUUUUGAGAAAGAUGCUUUGCUACAUGAAACAUUUCUAGUGUUGAACCACUUUGGUACAAUGGUGGCGACGUGCUUUCAUCGAGUAUUCCUUGCUUAUGGAUCUGCUGUUCUACUGUUGAUUUGUUGUGCCUUAAUUGUCGGAACCGCUGGCCAACAAUUAGCCGAUAUUAUGAACACGAGUAUGGAAGCUCUAAAAGCUUAUCAAGCGUUGCAGAAAAUAAGCUCUAUUUUUCAAGGAGAAAAUCAAAACCUGGCUGAUCAGCUGGUAUAA